AUGAUUGCAGAGCCUUCAAAAGUUAUUUUCGAUGAAGUCCAUUUCGGAAACUUUUCUGCAUGGUAUAUUCAAAAUCGCUUUCAUUUCGAUAUUCACCCUCCUCUAGGCAAGAUGUUAAUGGGAUUUAUUGCCGGAGCAACUCAAUACAAAGGAGAUAUUGAUUUCGCAAACAAGUUUGGAGAGGAUUACCACGUAAAUGAACUGUUCUUUGUAUCUCAGAGAAUCACUCCUGCAGUGUUUUCAGCAAUGACAAGCCCUCUUUUGUUCUGCGCAAUGCGAUGUUUAUCAGUUCCUUCAUUUUUCGCUGCAUCAGCCGGAUUGAUACUUACAACAGAUAUGUCUCUUAUCGUCGAAGGUAAGUUUAUACUGUCAGAUGGAAUGCUUCACUUCUUUACUUGUCUACAUAUUUUCGCUUUUUGUCUUUUCAUGAACAAGGCAACUCCAUGGCGAACAAUAUUCGCAGGCGUUACAAUGGGCGCUGCCAUGGCUUGUAAAUACACAGCAUUAGGUCUAAUUGCUGUAGAUGGAAUGUCUCAGCUUGUUUGGAUAAUAAUGCACUUCCCACCGAUCAUAGAUAUAAUAGAGCGUGGUACUUUGAUGCUUGUGCCUGCUUUCUUUACCUUUAUUUCCGCUUGGAUUUUACAUUUCGUUAUUACACCUUACACAGGCUACAACUCCGAAUACAUCAACGUAAAUCAUGCUUCUACCCUCAUACCAUGGGGAAAGGAGAACGUUACUUACUGGGGAAACAGAUUAAUCGGAUCCGGAUUUAUUGAACGCAUAAUAGACUGGAAUAUUGUUAUGAAUAGAAUCAAUAUGAGAUCAGAUAUUCCUCACCCUUACGAAUCAUAUCCAAAAUACUGGCCACUUUUGAUGGAUAAAUAUGUUGGUUUUUAUCAUGCUCCAAAUAGGAAUAUUCAUUGUUUGGGCUCACCAGCAACAUAUUGGCUAUCAUCUGUUGCCAUAGGAUUGACUUUUGUCGCUGCAUUAUUUAGAAAGAUUGAUUGGAGAAAUGUUUUGUUGACAUGGGCCUGGGCAGUGUCAUAUUUCCCAUUUGUCCUCGUUCCCCGCACAAUGUUCAUGUACCAUUACUUAGUUCCUUUGAUGUUUGCGAUUAUGAAUAUGUGUUGUCUGAUUCACUGCGCAUUACCUGAAGGAAUAAGCGACUCUGUUAUGAUGCUUGUUCUUGUUGUAUCUAUUGCUUGUUAUAUCUACUUCCGACCUUGGAUUUACGGUCUUGAGUGUCCAAGUUGUCCAACAACCCACAUGUGGUCUCACCACUGGCACAAGGGUUAUGACAAACCUAUUUACACUGACAUUCUCAAGAUGUAUAAUACUACGGAAAGAUAUGCAACAAUUUAA